CGUUAAUGUGGUACACGAAAAAGAAGCUUGUUUCUGGUUUAUAUAUGCCGUUAACUGAGAUGAGAAGCUAACCGGAGCUAACAGCAGGGAAGAAGUUUUCUGUUUGCACUUCGAAGGAAUCAAGACCUAUGGUCAAGACACAUGAAUGUCAUGGAAAACAAAGUGAAAUAGCCAGCCGCGGAUUGUAUUGACACCACAGCGGGGCUGCAGCAGGUGGAAGCGGCCGCCGCAGCCACGGAGAUGGCCAACUUAAACUGGAAGCCGUUCAUCUACGGAGGGAUGGCCUCGAUUGUCGCAGAAUUCGGGACGUUUCCCAUCGACCUGACGAAGACCAGGCUACAGGUGCAGGGUCAGUCCCAGUACACAGAGGUGAGAUACAAAGGGAUGUUCCAUGCUCUCUUCAGGAUCGGCAAAGAGGAAGGCAUCCGGGCGCUAUACUCUGGGAUCUCUCCUGCUUUGUUGAGACAAGCGUCUUACGGGACAAUCAAAAUAGGAACCUACAACUCUCUGAAGAGGCUGUUUGUCGCUCAUCCAGAAGAUGAGACGAUGGUCAUCAACGUCUUCUGUGGCGUCGUGUCUGGAGUCCUGUCCUCCUCUCUGGCCAACCCCACAGACGUCCUGAAGAUCAGGAUGCAAGCGCAGGGCAGUCUGCUCCAAGGCAGCAUGAUGUCCAACUUCAUGAACAUCUACCAGACCGAGGGAACCAAAGGGCUGUGGAGAGGUGUCAUACCCACAGCACAGCGAGCAGCCAUUGUUGUUGGGGUGGAGCUUCCUGUCUAUGACAUCACCAAGAAGCACCUUCUUCGCUCAGGCGUCAUGGGAGACACCAUUUUGACUCAUUUCAUUUCCAGUUUUACGUGCGGAUUAGCAGGAGCUCUGGCCUCCAACCCUGUAGACGUGGUUCGGACCCGGAUGAUGAACCAGCGAGUUAUGUCGGGGGGCCCCAUGUACAAAGGAACACUGGACGGAGUGAUGCAGACGUGGAAGAAUGAGGGUUUCUUCGCUCUCUAUAAGGAUUCUGGCCAAACUGGCUCAGACUUGGGCCAUGGAACAUCAUCUUCUUCAUCACCUUUGAGCAGCUGAAGAAGCUCCCGUUUUAAAGCCAGCAGGGUUUGGGACUUCACUGGUCUGUCGGACUGCGUCAGGGCUCAAACGGGGCAGAGGACACGGCAGCACCUGGAGAUCUGGCACCAGUAUAAUCACACUCCUUCAGAUCUAUACCAAUGAUACAGUCAAGUAUCAGCCAUCCACUCAUGCUCAUCCAAAUCUUACGUUGAUCUGCAAAGUCUCGAUUUAUUUAUUGUCACUGUUUCUUUUUGAAGGACACUUUUAGAGACUCUAACCCUCAGCCUCCCUCGACACUCCCCGGGCAGCUAAAUGUUCGCUUGUAGCAAAGAUUGAACUUUGGAAGAAUAGUUAGUGUUUUCUUUCUUACUUGAGCCUCCAGGUAAAACAGGAGUUCACCAGUGGAUGUGGUGAGUUUAACUUUUAGCCUCUUUUGAGGAAGACAUUUCUGAUUGUUUGCUCAGGUUCCUGUACAGAUCUGGAGAAAAACACCAGAAAUUAAUUUAUUUUUAAUAAGAAUAGGAGUCGCUGAAUGUCACGUGAGGCGUGCAUGGCUACGCAGUUUGUGAAGUUUUUAAAAAGAAGGUACAGAAAACUAAAUUUUAAAACGAACGACGAGUCAGAAACCUGCUGUUUUUAUUUUGUUGGUGCUGCAUGAUAAGUAUUGAAUGUUGAGGAAUGGUAUUGAAGUUAAAAAAAACCUGACUGUUACAGAUUGUUAAAGUAAAAGAACGGUCAGACACGAGGAGUCCUCCACACUCCAUAGUUAAUCUCUUUAGUGGCAAUCACUGCAUUAAAAAUAGACAUGACAGUAAUUUGUUAAGUGUAUUAAGAUGUCAGAAAAUUCGUCAAGAGGCUUCCCAAAAUCUUAGUGCAGUGGAUAACUUUCUGUUUUUAAGUCGGUCAUUUGCAGGAUAAUCUCUUGAAGCGUCUCAACUUUGUUUUAAUUCGAAGCAGAGGAAAAUUGCUCCUGAAGUUUACAUUUCAAGUUACAUAUUUAAACACAAACAAUCCAAACCAAAGCAUCUGACGACACAAAGGAGACGCAACCAAAACAAGAUUUUUUUAAAUUUUAUUUAUUUUCAUUUAAAAGACAUUCAAACAGGUCAGUCACUCAGAGGAGGGUGUGUUUUUUUUUUAAUUCUUGCUUCGUUGACUUCAUUUUUUUUUUUGCACCUCCACUUCUGUAAUAACAAGAGCAAAUGUGUUACAAGCAAAAUCAUCUUCCAUAAACUUAAACGAAACAAUCCAGUACAGACUUAAUCACACUCAAAAGUGGAUGUAGUUUAUCCCACGCAUGUCCUGGUGCACAUAUGAAAAUUUGUUGCACUCCCUUUUUUUUUCGCUUGUUAUUUUUUAAGGAAAAGCCAUUGCAGAAAUUGAGAAGUUGCAGCUGUUUGUAGAUAGAACGUUUAACAAAGGGGCUAUUGUGCCAAAAGUGUUUUCUCCAAACUGGGUGAAAUUAUUCUUUGCACAACAUGGAUUUACACUGAGCUACUUUGAGACUGUAAAAUUCGGUGUGUGGGAGAAACACUUGUGUAGGGCUGGGCGAUGCGGCAAAGAUCUCAUCAUUUUCAUUCUUAUAUUUAUAUUCAAGAUUUAUACUUUGAUAGCUGUACCAGUUACUGCCUGAAAGUCACCCUUUAAAGUAUGGGUCAUUGAGAGUGGUCGAAACACUGGAUGACGUAUUUCCAUGUUAAAAAUCUUUCUACACUGAUGAUCCUUUGGUGUUUAUAUUUUGCCAGGCUUUUACUGGAAACCGUAUCUUUGACUUUCAGAAAUCAAUGUUUCUAGAUUUCAUUUCCAGAAUUUUAAAUUCUAUGUCUAGUUUGAUUACAGGAACACUGCAAAAACUCCAAACUACUGUAAGCAAGUGCUUUUUGUCUUGUUCAUGAUCAGAGUCACAAAGAAAUACACUGAGGUUUCUGUAAAUACAAAUCAGCAAUGUUCCUGGCAGGGCGACCUUGAAACUGAUGAACUAACUGCAAACAUGUUAUCGUUUUCUUUAUUUUCCUUGAUUUAUUGAUUCAUUGUCCAGCCCUACAUAAAACAGACCUUUUUAUGUAAAAACAUAGAUAAUUUUAAUCAUUUAUGGGAAACAUUGACUGUAUAUAGAUAUGGACGACAUGCCUCCAUCUUCUUCCACUGUAAAAAAAACGAAGCCAAACUGCUGCUGUGUCAAGAUAAGCACAGAAGUGAUGUGGCUGGUGGAGUUGCAGCCCUUCCACCAAUCAUUACAGUCCUCUAACUCACUGAUAAAAUGCCAGACAUUCACCUGCACAUUUCUACUUUCUGUGAGUCAAUAUGAUGUUUUAAUAUUUAAGGUAGUUCUUGUCAGAUUUGUUUUUUACUUUUUAUUUAUUAUUAUCUCUCAAAAUCUUCCAAACCAGGCGGCACUUUUUUGUUGCAUCUUAAAUUUCCUUUGUCUUCUGUAGCUUUCAUUUUGAACCACACACUGGAAACAUGGUGUUAUUAUGGUUUGAACACCUUCAGUUAAACAUUCAUACUGCUGUAGACACUCCUGUUUUUCUGUACUGUAGUAAAAUUUUAAAGUAUACACCAGCUUGGCUCCAACUGGAUCAUACUUUAUUUUUCACAUCUGCGCAUCCUUGUUGAAUUAGUUUGCUGUCCUUCAUGCAUUGUCUGCUAGAAGCUUUGGGAUUUUUGAAACUCAGAUUUUCCCCCUCGACUGGCGCCCGUUUGGCCGAGUGGUUAUGUUCCCCAUGUACAGGGGCUACAGCAAAACACAUAUACAUUUAAUAAAGGACACAUCGAAAAUUGCAUUAGUGACCAACACAGCUGCAGAAAUCUUACAAAACCUGUCCUGACCGGCUGGCUUUCCAGAUUUAAACCAAUUUCAAUGAAGAAAGUCAGAAUUAGCAACACCUGUGCAACGUCAGACAAUUUUUUUUUUUUUUAAACCAAAAGCACCUUCAAUAGUUGGUUUGUUACAACCAAAUUCCAUCAGAUCUGUGUCCGGUCCAUCAUGGCACCAGAAUUGAUAGGUUUUCGUUCCAGUCAAUGUAUUAACUUUCACUGGAUCCGCUCCGUUGGGUUCCGGCUGCGUCUCUGAUCCAGCAAGCCGGAGCCCUCCAGAUCAGAUGUGCAAGGUUUCUAUUUCUGCCGGAUGCCGCAGCACAAUGCAUCAAUCUCAACAGAGCAGAUCAAGCAGGACAGGAAGUCAGGCACCAAAACAAAAUUAAAAAAACAUCCGGUUAAUUUUUAGGAUAAAACACUCUGUGUUAUCACCAGAUCGUAUUUCAUUUAACUACAACAACAAACCAUCAUGAUGAGCAGAGCCAGGCCUGGAGUCAACAGGUCAGAGGUCUUCAGAGGAGUCGAAUAUUCAUUAAUGCAGAAAUUACCGCAGGAAAACCUUGGUCACAUGACUCCAGCUGUCCGGCGGUCCUGACUGCAGAAAAUAAGAGACAGACCAGCCACGGAUCUGGUGGAAGUCCGGAGUUAGACACCACGUCCGUUCUCGUGUGCGGUUCGUUUGAGAGGCUGUUGCUGGAGACUUUGUUCUGGUUUGUCUUUGUCAACCUCAGUGUGACAUUAUGUAAAUACAGCCCACAGCUCUAGAGUCGCCGCUCUGUUACAGCCUUACACUUCCUGUUUAUCACCUGGGAUUUGUUCCUCUGCUGCCUCUUUACCGUACUGAGUCUAUGGGUCAGACAUUUUUAUUCGCCAACAGGUUACGCUUACAAUUGUUGGAACAAAUUUAUUUUGUUACCUGAGCAGUCACGCUUUCAUCUUCCUGACACAGAGACUGCUGCAGAGAAUCAUAACCUCCAUUAGAUAUUUACCUUCCAAUAAACUGUAGAGGGAUUCUGAUCAGCUGCUUGUGACCACAUGAUGUCGGUAAAGACUUCAAUCUGAGUGCUCUUACAGGAAACCAAUGUCCAUUUCAAACAUGCAGAAAGAAACCAGGGAUGCUUUGUUGCUGACAGAUUAAAUUCAACAUGUUAUUUUAUUCUUUGAGACUCCAAAUGAGCUCAUUGUGUCCAUCAAUAAACCUUUAAAUCUAUAAAUGAACCUGUCAAUGAACCACACAACAUUUAUUAAUUACUUAAGAAUGUGUGAUAAUGUAUGAACGAUGCGUUGGUAAUGCUUUAAUAUUCCUUAAUGUGCACUUAUCAGUUGUUUGAUGAUACGUCUUAUAUACUAAAUUUUACGGACUAAUCUCUGCACAUCAUUACAGAAUCACCUAUCGUUAAAACUGACCAAUCACGUAUGAGGUGACGGUAAUAAGAUGUUAGAACACAGUGGAUGUAGAGACCAUAAUUUAGUCCUUUUCCACGUGUGCUGGCUCCAAUAGAAACUUGAAAUUAGUUUUACCCUACAGACUGUGAUCAGAUAGUGAAUUUUUUUCUUUUCCAGAAUUUUAAGAUUGAAGUCAGAAUUCUGAGAAAACAGUCUAGAGUUUGACCUCAGUAAAACUCUGGGACAAUUUCACACCAUACCUCACAAGAAAAAUAUAUAUAUAUAUUCUCAUCCUCCGAUUUUCAACUUUCUUCUUACCCCAAAUUUUUACAGGGAGCAUAUGUGCUGCGAUCUCCGUCCCUAAUCUGUACUGUGCCCGGCCUCUGUCAAAAAUAUACUUAACCUGUAUCUUGAGCAGAGCGGCAUGAGGGGGCACGCUCCCGAGACGGAGCUGAGACAUGCCGUGGCGUUGUAUAAAUUAUGGGUCAGAGUUUUGAGAAUUUUCUUAGAAUUCAGACUUUUUCCUUAGAAAUCUUGCUGAAAUCCUAGGAUUUUGUCUUUCCCUAAAAAGUCUUAAAAAAACAAACUUCUGUUAAUUCAAUAAUUACACUUUUAUUUGGCGGAAACCCAAAUUAUUAAUCUUAAAAUUCUUAUGAUAAUAGUCCAAACUCAGACUUAUUUUCCUAGAAGUCUGAUUCAAAAAUCAGAAUUCAGACCCUUUUCAUCAACAUCAAAUUUUUGUCUCAGUUUUCUGAUUCAAAAAUAGUGAUGUUCUCAGAUUAAAGUCAAAAUUAUGUUUUGUUUUUUUUAUUAUUAUAAUUAAGGUUGUAGCAUUGAUAUUUUUCCCCCUCCAGUUUGAAUCAGAUCUCCUCAGUUGUCCCAAUGAGCCUUGUGUUGAUUUCAAACUAUAAAAAUGAAGUCUUUUUUUCAAACGAACCCAUGAAACAUCCUCUGGUUCCAUCUCAUUAGACCAUAGAAGGUAUUAUGAUUUCAGAUCUGAAGUAGUGCUCCCUCUGCUGAAGAAAUUCCAUGCUGCUUUUUAGAGCUCCCUUAUGUUAAAGCUCAGAGGUUACUUUGUUCCUCGUUAUGAUUUCAGAAUAAUUUGAGAGAUAUUUUUAUGGACCGACACCUCUGUGUGUCAGACCGACUGAAUAUUUUUGUAUGUUCCCUUCUCCUCCUUUUAUGCACGGCGGUGCAUCAUUGCUGUCCGUAACAUUUGCACGAGUUCACUCCUUACAUUUCUACAGCGGAUGAUUUUUUUUGUGACAGAAUGGAUUUGGCUUUGUAUAAACUCAGUGUUCUCUUAAAUAAAAUAUAUGCUGUGUUUGAA